AUAAAAAAUAUUUUUCCCAAAACAAGGCCUUACUCUACUCACUCUUUUCUCUUCUGAUUCAGGAAACCUCUCAAACAAAAGAGGAAAGAAAGCGCUGUCCAAUUCAACCUCAACUCCAUCGCAUUCACACUCAUCAUCCCUUCUUCUACGUCGUCUUUAUUAUCCUUCCGCCAUCUCCACUAACGCGCGCUACUGCUCCGCUUUCCCCGGCCCCAGAGGAUUCCGUUGGUGUCCGGAUCAAGAUCGUCGUCCAUGGCGGAAAGCGGAUCGGAUCCUCCAGGUUUCCGAUUAGAUAUCAAACAGAUAUUACUAGAAGCACAUCAUAGGUGGCUGAGGCCUGCUGAAAUUUGUGAAAUUUUGCGGAACUACCGAAAAUUUCACAUUACACCAGAACCACUUUAUAAGCCAGUCAGCGGUUCUGUUUUCCUAUUUGAUCGGAAAGUACUUAGAUAUUUUCGGAAAGAUGGUCAUAAUUGGCGGAAGAAAAAGGAUGGAAAGACUGUGAAGGAAGCUCAUGAGAAGCUGAAGGUUGGAAGUAUUGACAUGCUACACUGCUAUUAUGCACAUGGUGAAGAAAAUGAAAGUUUUCAACGGCGUAGCUAUUGGAUGCUUGAACAGGAUCUCAUGCACAUGGUUUUUGUGCACUACUUGGAGGUUAAGGGUAGUAAGGCAGUGAGAAGUAUUAAGCCAACUGAAUCAAAUUCUGUGGAUGAAAGCUCAUUGUCCGUCAGUUCUGCUGGAAAUUGCUCAAAAUUAAGUACUACAUCUGCUGAUUCGCCUAGUCCAACAAGUACUCUUUCAACAGCAUAUGAAGAUGUUGAAUCUGCCGCUAUAUCAGGCAAUUAUUCAGUGGAAAAUUUGCAUGCAGUUCUGCCUCAGUAUUCUGCAGAGUCUCAGCAAGUAGCUGAUUUUGCUUCUUGGGAAGAUUUUUUAGAGAGCUGUACAAAGGGUGAUAUUUCUUUCAAUGAGGAUCCCACCAUUCCUACUUCGGCCCAGACAAAUUUGCAGUGUAACUCUGAGGACAUUGCAUUGCAUUAUCACGGGCAGCAUAUCCAGCAAAUUGCCACAUCAGAUUCCAGUUAUGCUAUGGAAAGGGUGCCCAUAAAUAAAUAUCUCCCAGAAUAUUUCUGCAACUCUACUGGACCAUUAAACAUGUGUCUCAAUGAAACAGCAGAGCUACUAAUACCGUUGAGUAGUCAAUACAAUUCUAGUUCUGAUAAUAAUGGGCAAAUAUUUGGGAAUGAAGAGUAUUGUAUAAAGAAUCAUCCACUAUUGAAUGGUUCUGGUGUAAAAGAAGGAUUAAUUAAAGUGGACAGCUUCUCCCGAUGGGUUUCUAAAGAACUUGGAGAUGUCGAGGAGCUGCAAAUGUGUUCCAGCAAUCGGUUUUCAUGGGCAUCUAUAGAGACUGAGCAUAGUAAUUCCUGUAUACUGGGCUCCGAUUCACUGAACCCCUCACUAUCUCAAGAACAACUUUUCAGCAUCAUAGAUUUUUCACCAGCUUGGGCUUAUUCCAACAUAGAAACCAAGGUGCUAAUUACAGGAAAAUUUCUUAAUGGUGGAAAAGAAGUGGAAGAAUGCAAGUGGUCAUGCAUGUUUGGAGAAGUUGAGGUCCCAGUUGAAGUUUUGUCAAACGGACUACUUUGUUGUUAUAGUCCUCCUCACAGGGCUGGGACAGUUCCAAUUUACAUAACUUGUUCGAACAGGUUGGCGUGCAGUGAAGUAAGAGAAUUUGAAUACCGAGGUGAACUUUGUAGAGACACUGAUACUGUUGAUACUCAUAUGAUGGGGAUGCCUCUCCACAAGCGCUUUGAAUGUCUACUGUGUCUGGGUCCUGCCAUCAACCAUUGCAGCUCAUAUGAUAUUAUGGAGAAACAAACUAUGUUAAAUAAACUCAUGCUUUUGAUGGAAGAGGAAAAACUUUGUAUGGUAGAUGUUAGGGACCUUUGUGAGCCCAAAGAGAGGGAAUUAGCACUUCCCGAAAAAGAGCUGAAAGAAAGAUUCUACACAUGGCUUCUUCACAAAAUUACUGAAGAUGGGAAAGGACCUGCUGUGAUGGAUGAAGGAGGUCAAGGUGUAAUCCAUUUGGCCGCUGCACUUGGAUAUAAUUGGGCAUUGAAUCCAAUUAUUAUAUCAGGAGUUAGUAUAGAUUUCCGUGAUGUUAAUGGAUGGACUCCACUUCAUUGGGCAGCAUUCUACGGCAGGGAACAGAUGGUUGCGGCUCUUGUUUCUAUGGGUGCAUGGGCUGGAGCAUUAACAGACCCUUGUGCUGAGUUUCCGUGGGGUAGAACUCCUGCAGAUUUGGCGUCCGCCAAUGGCCACAAGGGAAUAUCUGGUUUUCUAGCAGAGUCCUCCCUGACCACACAUCUUGCUACUCUUAGUGUAAUUGAUGCCAAGGAAAACUAUGCUUCAGAAGCAAAAGAGGUGCAAACCUUUUCAACAAUUAAUAGUGCACAGGAUGUCCCACUGAAGGAUUCACUUGCUGCGGUACGGAAUGCUACUCAGGCAGCUGCUCGUAUACAUCAAAUUUUCAGGGUUCAGUCCUUUCAGAGGAAACAGCUGCUGGUGCAAUGUGGUGAUGAGUUUUCAAGUGACGAGCAAGCUAUUUCAGUUGUUGCUUCAAGAACAUCAAGGCUGGGGCAAAGUGAUCGGAUUUCCCAUGCUGCUGCAACACAAAUCCAGAAAAAGUAUCGGGGUUGGAAGAAGAGAAAAGAGUUCCUCUUAAUUCGUCAAAGGGUUGUUAAAAUUCAGGCUCAUGUGAGGGGGCAUCAAGCGAGGAAAAAAUAUAAGCCGAUAAUAUGGUCUGUUGGAAUUCUGGAGAAGGUAAUAUUGCGUUGGAGGCGUAAAGGAAGUGGAUUGAGGGGGUUCAAAUCUGAUGCAGUUGCAAAGCCCAUAAUCGAAGACACAGUGGCAUCAUCAUCUGUGGAAGAUAAUGAUUAUGAUUUUCUCAAGGAGGGGAGGAAACAAACAGAAGAAAGAAUGCAAAAGGCCCUUGCUCGCGUUAAAUCUAUGGCUCAAUAUCCCGAGGCACGUGCACAAUAUCAUAGGAUGCUUACUACUGCUGAAGGGUUCCGUGAAACAAAGGAGGAUGCUUCAGCUAUAACGACAGGGAGUUAUGAAUACAAGAGUUACCAAGAUGAGGAUGACCUGCUUGAUAUUGAUGCCCUGCUACAUGAUGAUGCUUUCAUGCCUACGGUGUUCGAAUGAUUGAUUGCCUGGAACCCCUCCGCUUGACUACCUUUGUGUUUUGGUCCUUUUUUUAAUGAAUGAUUAACUAAUUAUGGUUGUUUAUAACGAAAAUAAACAAUUGAUUAGUGAUCAAUUUUCUUUUGUAAAUAUUUACUCCCUAGUUAUUGUAGUUUAGACUUAAAUACUCGGUACUCCCUAUUAUAUACGAGUAUAUGGUUAAAUCCUACAGUCUCAUUUUGUUAGAAGCUUUUUUAAACGUUUGUGAAUACGCUUAUAACAAUAUG